GUUGGCCAGGAAAUAUGAGAGUGAGGUUUUAGGGUUAGAUUUUGUAUGCAAAAGGGUAUCGGAAAGUUCUCAUGAUAUUUUUAAAGUAUGGCAUUUGCGACGCGAAGUCUGCGAGUUUUGUGUAAAAUAUACAAUGCAAAUGCGGGAACAACGUAUUGCACCUUACGACGACCAUUUAGCCGUAUAUCGCUUGUUCAAUUGGCACAAAAAUAUCGUUACAGUACCGAAACAACAGAUCGUCCAAAGAUCACUAGUAAUCUAACAAAUAUACAAUCAUCGAUAAAUGAAACUGAAUCAUUGGGACAAGAAACAAUAGCUCAAAAAAAACAGAAUGAACAAGCGGAAGAUGAAGAGGAGAAAGCAAAUCGUGAGCGAUCGAAGAAAAUGAUGAAUUAUGGAUUUGCAGCCUUUGGUGUAGUCAUGAGUAUUGGCUUCACUUAUCUAAUAUAUGAAUUAGGAAGACCUAAUCAUGAUGAACAUGGGAAUGUCAUCGAAGAUGAAUUUUCCAAUUUACCAUUUUUUGAACAGAUUUAUAAGAGGGUCAAGAAAGAGCUCAAUUAUUAUACAAGACUGGUACAGGAACCCAGCAGAGAAAAAUUAUUACCUGAUCCAUUAAAAUAUCCAUAUAUUCAGCCACCAUAUACUCUAGUUUUGGAGAUGACAGAUGUUCUUGUGCAUCCAGAUUGGACAUAUCAAACGGGAUGGAGAUUUAAAAAACGGCCUGGAGUGGAUCAGUUUUUAGAAGCAGUAUCACCACCACAAUUUGAAAUUGUGAUUUAUACAGCCGAGCAAGGAAUGACGGUAUUCCCCAUUUUGGAUGCACUAGAUCCAAAUGGAUACAUAAUGUACAGAUUAGUUAGAGAUGCAACGCGUUUUGUAGAUGGACAUCACGUUAAAGAUCUGGGAGCUCUUAAUCGCGAUCUUAGUAAAGUUAUUGUCAUCGAUUGGAAUGAUAAAAGUGUGAAGUUACAUCCAGAAAAUGCAUUUAAACUUCCUCGAUGGACGGGCAAUGAUGAUGAUACUACACUAUAUGAUUUAGCAGCAUUCCUGAAAACAAUAUUAACAUCAAAUGUGCAAGAUGUGCGAGAUGUUCUAAAUUAUUAUAGACAGUUUGAUAAUCCAUUGGAAGCGUUUAAAGAAAAUAGACGGAAAUUAUUGAUACAAAUAGAGGAAGAACAAAAGGCACAACAAGAUAGCAACAAAGUACUUACUUCGAGAUGGAAACCAUCUUUCCUACGGAACCGCUAGUCAACUAAUGACAUUGCAAAUUGUGAAAUGUACAUCUUUUGAAUAUGCAAUACAUUCAAUAAUUUCAUCGUGAGAUUAUGCAUAAUGUGAUUACUGUAUAAUUUUUAUUGUAAUAAAAAAUAACGUUUCAAAA